AUGAUAGCACAGUACGAAGACAAGAAAUACGCACAUCGUAUCACUCCCGAAGAACUUCAAACAACAGACCCGAGCAGAGUAUGGUAUUUGCCGCUGGGUGUGGUGCAAAAUCCGAAAAAACCUGACAAAAUUCGGCUCAUAUGGGAUGCCAAAGCACAAGCAGGAGGAUUGUCAUUCAACGAUAUGUUGAUCAAAGGUCCGGAUCUCCUGGUUGCGCUACUCUCCGUUUUACUCCGUUUUCGGCAAAAGAACAUCGCGGUGGUCGGCGACAUAAGGGAAAUGUUCCAUCAAAUCUCUAUACGAUAUUUGGACAAACAAUCGCAAAGGUUUCUGUAUCGUUCGAACCCGGAAACACCUCCUCAAAUCUAUGUGAUGGACGUAGCAACAUUUGGCGCAAGCUGCUCUCCUAGUCUAGCGCAGUUUGUAAAAAACAAAAAUGCUGCGGAGUUUACCGAUAAAUUUCCUAGGGCAGUGAAGGCGAUUGUGGAAAACCACUACGUGGACGAUCUCUUAGAUAGCGUGGACACGGUGUCAGAAGCGGUGCAGCUGAUCAACGAAGUGAAGUACGUACACUCACAGGCGGGGUUCGAGAUCCGGAACUUCUGUUCAAACUCCACGGAAGUUCUUGCUAGGAUAGGAGAACGACAAGUCCCCCAAAAGGUGUCAAUGAACCUGGAGAAGUCCUCGGAUACGGAACGUGUAUUGGGGAUGGUGUGGAGGCCGACAGAAGAUGUCUUCACAUUUGACCUGAGCAUAAUGAAAGAUGAGAUUAAAGCGCUAAUUCAGAGUUCUGUUACUCCAACUAAACGACAAGUCUUGAAAGCAGUGAUGUCGGUGUAUGACCCGCUGGGGCUUGUUUCUCACUUUGUCGUGCACGGAAAAAUUCUCAUGCAGCUAAUAUGGAGAUCAGGAACGGAUUGGGAUGAACUAAUAGCUGCUGAACUCCAAGAAAAGUGGGAAUAUUGGUGUCAAUACAUGCAGCGCUUGGACGAGGUGAUAGUGCCACGGUGUUUCUUUCCAAACGUGGCAAGCAUCGCUAUGGAUAACUUAGAGGCUCAUCUCUUCGUCGAUGCUAGCGAAUCGGCCUACGCAGCAGUACUUUACUUCCGGUUCGAAGACAACAGUCAGCCAAGAUGCGCACUAGUAGCCGCAAAAACAAAAGUCGCACCAUUAAAGCCUUUAUCGAUACCUCGACUUGAGCUACAGGCGGCAAUGAUUGGAGCGAGGUUGCUGGACAACGUCUUAUCCUCCUUGGAUCUUACUAUAACGAAGAGAUAUCUUUGGUCUGAUUCUACAACCGUACUCUCUUGGUUGAGAUCAGAUAGUCGUAGAUACCACCAGUUUGUUGCGUUUAGAGUUGGGGAGAUCCUUAUGACGACUAGCGUGGAUGAGUGGAACUACAUCCCAUCUAAAUUGAACGUAGCAGAUGCUGCCACUAAAUGGAAGGAUGGACCUAGUUUUGACAAUAAAAGCCCUUGGUACAACGCCCCAGAUUUCCUCUACAAGUCGCGGGAAUACUGGCCUAAAACAUCUGCAGUAGAUAAGGUAGAUACAGAUAUUGAGCUUCGUUCCGCUUUCUUGUUCCAUGGUACAGUGCAACAACCACUGAUAGAUUCAGCAAGAUUUUCUAACUGGAACCGCUUGUUGAGAGCAGCUGCCUUUGUUCUACGGAGUAUUCGUCGUUUCAAAGGAGAAAAGUUAACAAACCCAUGUCUGUUGACACAGGAUGAACUUCAGAAAGCUGAACAUCUACUUUGGCGACAAAUACAAGCUGAGGUUUAUCCCGACGAGGUAGCAAUCAUGAAACGGAACUUCUUGCGUCCCGAAGAUGCUGUGUCAAUCUCAAAGUCCAGUCCGCUAUAUCGUCUAUCGCCUUUCAUGGAUGAGUACGGAAUCAUCCGAAUGAACAGUAGGAUUACAGCGGCUCCGACGCUUCCAAUGGAUGCGAAACGCCCCAUUAUUUUGCCCAAGAAGCAUAUGGUAACUAUUCUAAUCGUGGAGCAUUAUCACCGACGAUACCUUCAUGGAAACAGAGAGACAGUGUGUAACGAAAUGCGCCAACAUUUCUACAUAACAGGUUUACGAGGAGUAAUCCGUCAAGUGUCCAGUAAGUGCCUUUUUUGCCGCAUUAGGAAAGCUGUUCCUAAACCGCCCAUGAUGGCACCCUUGCCAGAAGCCAGAGUAACUGGAUUUGUAAGACCAUUCACCCACACUGGGGUGGAUUAUUUUGGGCCAUUAAUGGUGAAACAAGCUCGUAGCCUGGUAAAGCGCUGGGUGGCGCUAUUCACCUGCCUCACAGUUCGCGCUAUACACCUAGAGGUGGUACAUAGUUUGUCGACACAGUCGUGUGUGAUGGCAAUUCGACGUUUUGUGGCUCGUCGUGGUUCCCCAGAGUCAUUCUACAGCGACAAUGGUACAAAUUUUGUGGGGGCAGGAAACCUACUGGUGAAACAGAUCCAAGAUAUACAGAAUGAUUGCGCCUCGGCGUUCACCAACUCUAAAACCAGGUGGUACUUCAACCCACCGGCUGCGCCUCACAUGGAGGUUCGUGGGAGCGUAUGGUACGCUCCGUGA